AUGGAAGACUCUUCGAUAUUCUCACAAAGCUCCAAAGACGUUUCAUCUGCGAUCUCACUUUACAACAUGCCGACAGGGGAGGACGCUUCGAUAAGAGGACUGCUCGACUACGAUCCCAGCGAAGAAGCCCAGUCUUCAGGAAUCUCCCGGCCGCUGUCGAGGUCAUCAGUGACCUCGUCACUUUCAAUGGUUGCAACCAAAGACGGAGUCGAAGGAAGACGAGUGCACAGGUACGGUAUUCCACAGUAUUCACUGAACCUCCUGGAUGCAAUGUCGCAGCCUCCGCCGCUAAAAGGUAAGGUUCACACCAGACAAAAUGCGCAAAGUCAUCAUCUAAGCCCUCAGGAGAACAAAGAGGAUUCCGAAACGCAACUAUACCAAGACUUAAUGCAUAGUCCUCCCAUCACCCUGAAGGAAAAGAUGCAACUUUUCAGGGACAAUUCAGAAUCUUCCCACUUGGACUACUCUGAGGAAUCCUACCAGGAGGGUAGCACAAGUCUUUCUGGCAAAGACCAGCUACAUAGCCUACAUUCAUACAAGAAGGACAUUGCCAGCGAACGUGACGACAGCGAUGACUACUCACAAUGA